AUGAGAGCGACAGAGGACAGGAGGUUGUGCCUCGAUGGAACCCCCCGGGUUUGGCACCUGCUGCAGGAGCGUGUGGAGAGCGCGGGAGUUCUGGAGCUCCUUCCCAUUGUCUGCUUCCUCUUGGCUGCUCUGCCCCAAAUUCCCGUUUCCUGCCAGAAUGGAAGAGUGGAUCAAGCACCAUCCUGGGGCUUCCUGCUGGGCUGGAUUCCUGGAGAUCUCACCAACUUCAUAGGCUGCUAUUUAAUAAAUCAGCUGCCAAUCCAGAUUGUCACUGCUGUUUUUUAUGUUAACAUGGAUCUAAUUAUGAUUUCACAAUUUGCCUACUAUAAGCUCAAGAAUCAGAAGGUGACAAAAUGCAGCCACAACCUGAGGAAUUUCUGCGCCUCCUGGGCUGUGGUGUGUGGAGCUCUGGGUGUCACUGCCCUCUGCCAGCUGGGGCUGAGGAACCAGGAGCAGAGCACAGCAAUCCCAAGGAAUAAUAACUCCCUUGGUGUGGUUGAACUGUCAGGCCUCGUUGGUGGCUCCAUCUCCUGGGUGUUUGACCUGGGCAGCAGAUUCCCUCAGCUCUGCAAAAACCUGAGUGGAAGGGCCACAGAAGCCUCCUCUUACCUGCUCUUUGCCUUGGCCCUGAUGGGAAACUGCACCUAUGGGCUGAGCCUUGUCUUAAAGAUGCCAAAAAACAAAUCCUCCAGGGGCCUCUACUUUGUCCACCCCCUUCCUUGGCUCACUGGCAGCUUUGGAGUCUUGUUUCUCAACAUUUUUAUGGAGCAUUGA